UUAUACAGAAGGUUUCAAUCCCGCUUAUAAAGACCCUUGCUUUUCUAGUACUUUAGACACUUUUCAACUAACACGUUAUUGGCAAGUGCCAGUGAAUUCUAACGUAGAACUUGGAGUGGAAACAACGACAAUGAAAAAAAUGAAAUACAUCAAGUUUUUGUGCUUCCUGUUUUUAAUGGGGAUUUUCCUAGUCAGUACAUCUGUUGAGGCCAAAAAUGGUCGCUGCCCUCCAGUUAAACCACCAUCAACCAAAGGUAUCUGUGAUGAACUAUGCUCAGAGGACAACGAUUGUCCCGGCCGCCAAAAAUGCUGCAGCAACGGAUGUGGAUAUGGAUGUAGAAACCCUUACUAACUUAUUGAAUAUAUUUCCUACUGUAUACGUAGCAAGAAUCAUCUCGUGCAAUAAAGUACCUACGUUCGUGUAAA